UAAAAUUCUUCUCGUAUUUAUCGCUUUUGAAUUUUUCAAUUUGAACAAGUUCAAUAAGAAGUCCGUUCUGAAGAACUUCCACUCUUUUCAAUUCAAUGGAAUCCCAGGAUCAAAGCCCAGUUGUUCUAAUCACAGGAUGUUCCCAGGGGGGAAUCGGGCAUGCCCUCGCACGAGCUUUUGCCAAUAACAACUGCAAGGUGGUGGCGACAAGUAGGUCUUUAAGCUCCAUGUCCGAUCUGCAACGAGAUCCCAGGUUUUAUCUUCAAGAACUCGAUGUUCUCUCGGAGCAAAGCGUGCAGCAUGCCAUGUCCAAUGUAAUAAAUAAGUUUGGUCGUGUUGAUGUCUUGGUUAAUAAUGCUGGGAUCCAAUGCGUUGGCCCUCUUGCAGAAGUCCCUUUGCCUUCCAUGGAAAGUGCCUUCAAUACCAAUGUUUUUGGUGCGAUGAGACUAGUACAAGCUGUUGUACCUCACAUGGCAUCUAAGAAAAAGGGUAAGAUUGUGAAUGUUGGAAGUGUUAGUGCUUUGGCUCCUGGGCCAUGGUCCGGUGUCUAUUUUGCAUCUAAAGCAGCCCUUCAUGCGCUAACUGAUACCUUGAGGUUGGAGCUGAGCCAUUUCGGGAUCGAUGUCAUCAAUGUUGUCCCAGGAGCUGUAAGGUCAAACAUAGGGAAUUCUGCUAUAGCUAGCUACAAUAGGAUGCCUGAGUGGAAGCUAUAUAAACCAUUUGAAGAAGUCAUCCAAGCGAGAGCUUCCUUCUCACAAAGAUCCAAGUCGACCCCAACGGAUGUGUUCGCAAAGGAUACAGUGAAUGUGAUUUUGAAGAAAAGCCCACCAGCUUGGUUCUCAUCGGGUUAUUACUCCACUAUUAUGGGAAUUAUGUACCAUUUGCCAAUUUUUGUUAAAGAUUUCAUUAUUAGGAAAGCAAUGAAAUGUUGAUUUCUCCUACCACAAGCCUGUUGUAGAUUUAAUGUAGUUAGAUGUUUCAUUUCAUAAUAACAUGGGAUAUUUUAGAGUAUCUUCAAGAUUUUUUUUUUCAAAUAUAAUAGCCAAAUGUUCUUUAAUUUUA